UGGUCAGCAACACAUUGCCUGUAGAGCUCCACAGGCCACCCACAACCUCCCCAUGGAUCUCCUGGGAGCAGCGGCCCUUUUCCUGGUCAUCUGCCUCUCAUGCCUGACGGUCCUCUCAACAUGGCGGCAGAUGCACCGCAAAAGCCAGAUGCCACCUGGACCAACUCCCCUCCCCUUCAUUGGAAACCUGCUCCAAGUCAACACAAGUGACAUAUACCGUUCUCUCAUGAAGGUAACUUCAGGGGUUGCCUUCUGUAACUGGGAACGGGCCAAACCGCUACGCCGAUUCUCCAUCACGACACUGAGGGAUUUUGGGAUGGGAAAGAGAUCCAUCGAAGAGCGGAUCCUGGAGGAGACCCACUUCCUGCUGGAAUCCCUGAGGGAAACAAAAAGUGAACCCUUUGACCCCACCUAUGUCCUGAGCCGCUCAGUGUCCAACAUCAUCAGCUCCAUCACCUUUGGCAACCGCUUUGAAUAUGAAGAUCAGGAGUUUCUCUCCAUGCUCCGCGUUAUGCUGGAAACCUUCCAGUUUACUUCCACAUCUUGGGGGCAGCUCUACGAGAUGUUCUCAGGCAUCAUGAAGCACCUGCCUGGCCCACAAGAUAAAACCUUCAAGAAGCUGUUGGGCCUGAAGGAAUUCAUUAAAAGGAAGGUAAAAGAAAACAAGGAGACCCUGGACCCCAACAAUCCUCGGGAUUUCAUUGACUGCUUCCUAGUGAAAAUGCAGCAGGAAAAGGAAAACCCAAACUCAGAGUUCUUCCUAGAGAAUCUAAUUAUGACAACCCUCAAUAUCUUCUUUGCUGGCACGGAAACAGUCAGCACCACCUUGCGCUAUGGCUUCCUGCUUCUACUGAAAUACCCGGAAAUUGAAGAGAAGAUCCACGAAGAGAUUGAACGUGUGAUUGGCCUGAAUCGCAUUCCCAAGAUGGAUGACCGUCCCCUGAUGCCCUAUACGGAUGCUGUGAUCCACGAGAUCCAGAGAUUCGCUGACAUGCUCCCUUUGGGGUUAGCAAGACGUGUGAUCCGUGAUACCCAGUUCCGGGGAUACACCAUUCCCAAGGGGACUGAAGUCUUCCCUGUGCUUGGAUCUGUGCUGAGAGACCCCAAAUAUUUUGCAAGGCCAGAUGUGUUUGACCCCCAACAUUUCCUGGAUGAGAACGGGCAGUUCAAGAGGAAUAAGGCUUUUAUGCCAUUCUCCGUCGGGAAACGCUAUUGCUUUGGGGAGCACCUCGCUCGGAUGGAGCUCUUCCUCAUCCUCACCAGCAUCCUGCAGAACUUCCGCUUCAAAUCUCCCGUCCCUCCGGAAAAGAUCGACAUCUCUCCCAUGCUGGUUGGCUUUGCCACCCUUCCGCAUUUUUAUGAGAUGUGUGCCAUUCCCCUCUGAAGGUGGUCAGGUGUUUUGGAGAAGCAG